GCACAGAACAGAUCUCUCUCUCUCUCUUUCGCUCUGUCCUCUCUCAACUCUAUACUUACAUUUUUGUUUGUUGCUCAUCGUUCAAGCAGGAUUUGAUGUAUUUAGCGAUUAAUUCAGGGAUCUUCUCUGGAAUACUGAGUGCCGCGAACUCAGAAAAUUCAAUGACCCAUCAGCGGUUGGCGGUUUUAUUGUUUCCUUGUAAUAACCGGACAGGCAAGAGUACCAAACUGAAAAUGGUCCGAUGCGGAAGAUCCUCACCUGCUAGAUCAUCCCAUUCGGCAAACCACAAUCAACAAAGUACUGGCGGGUCAAGAGAUGGAAGAGUUUUGUUGGUGGAUCCCAAGCCUAUGAAAGGAGUUGCUUCUCAAUUCUUUGAUGUCGUUGAGAAGUUGGUAGUUAAGCACUUGCAUGGUUCAAAACAGCCUAACCAGUAUUUGUCUGGACUUUUCGCACCGGUGGACGAAGAAACUCCCCCUCAACCAAAUCUCCCUGUCAAAGGGUACCUUCCGGAAGGAUUGAAUGGAGAGUUGCUAAUGGUUGGUCCAAAUCCUAAUUUUAUGCCUGUUGCUGGAUAUCACUGGUUCGAUGGAGAUGGAAUGGUUCAUGGUUUGCAUAUUAAAGAUGGAAAAGCAACAUAUGUUUCCCGCUAUGUAAGGACAUCUCGUCUUAAACAGGAAGAACAUUUUGGUGGAGCUAAAUUUGUCAAGAUCGGACAUCUUCAUGGACUAUUUGGAUUGUGCAUGGCCAGCAUUCAUUUUCUUCGAUCGAUAUUUAAAGUAUUGGAUUUUUACUAUGGAUGAGGAACAAGUAAUUCUAAUCUCACGUAUCACCAUGGAAAGCUUUUGGUUCUCGGAGAACUGGACAAACCCUUUAGUCAAUGCUUGGGAGGACGGUGACGAAGUAGUUUUGAUCACUUGUCGCCUUCAAGAUACCGACUCAAUGAGCGUCGCAUACUGGAUUGAAAAUCCUUUCGAUUUCAAAAGUGAACUGUAUGAGAUGAGAUUCAACAUGAGUAAUGGUUUAGCUUCACAGAAAAACUUUCCCUAUCUUCUGUAGAUCUUCCUCGGAUUAAUGACAAUUACGUUGGCAGCAAAAUUUUGAGGUCGGGGGAAAUAUUAAAGGUAUCUUUAACUUGGAACCUAGAAAUUUUUGCGGAG